AUGGACUCGCAUUGGCAACCCUUUCAUCAUUUAGAAAUAGUUACCAUGAAAGAACGAAAAAAAUAUAGUAUAAAGGAUAAACAGAAAAAUGUUCUUGAUGGCAAGUUUGUUAGUAGUGAAGAACCAAAGGAAAAACUUCAAAAUGUUUCAUUUCGUCAAAUGAGUGAAAUAUGGACUUAUUUCACACCAAUUUGCGAUGCUGAACGAGCUAAGUGCAAGCUGUGUAACAAAGAAUACUCAAGGAAAGGAAGAACUACAACGGCCAUGAGAAAUCAUUUAAAGGCAAUGCAUAAAACCGAGUUUUCCAAAUUGGAAGAGUGUGAAAAACGAAAACAAGAUGCAUCUAAAUCACUUGAACAGGCAUCAUCUUCGCAUCAAAUUAAAUCAUUUAUGAAACAAAUAUCGUUUCAAGAAUGUGUGGAUAAAACAAAACAGUGGGAUAAUAAUUCUUCUAAGUCAUUGGAAGUGGAUAAUUUUAUAAGUGAAAUGGUUGCGUUGAAGGACUUGCCAUUUCGUUUCGUGGAAAGUGUUGGUUUCGUAAGACUUAUCAAGCAUUUGUGUCCGUCUUAUAAUUUAAAAUCGCGUCAGUAUUUUACUUCAUUUAUCUGCGAUAAAUUAUUUUGCAAAGUAAGUGAGAAAAUACUUCAAUUAUUGAAGCCGUUCGAAAAAUUAUUAUUUACUACCGACAUUUGGUCUGAUACCUGUUCUGGAGUUUCGCUGCUGAGUUUAACUUGUCAUGGGAUCACAAAAGAAUUUGAAAGGAAAAUGAUAGUGUUAAAAGCAGAAGUAUUCAAUGAAGGCCACCAUACCGGAGAAAAUUUUGCUCACAAACUUGAAGACAUCUUGUCGUUUUGGGAAAUACCUAAAGAUAAAGUGAAAUGUGUAGUUCGCGAUGCAGGUGCUAACAUGAAAAAAGGUGUUAACUUAUUAAAUGUUGAACAUAGUGACUCGGCUUCUCACAAGAUUCAUACUAUUAUUGAAAAACUUAUCGGUUUACUAAGACCAUUUGAAGAAAUAACCAAAGAGUUAAGUGCUAGCGAUGUUUCUAUUUCUUCUGUGAUUCCCUUAAUCACCACUCUAGAAAAAGUUGUUCAUGAUCUUGAUUCUUCUGAUGAGCACAUUGGUGAUACGAUUACUGUCUUGAAAGACGAGCUCAUUCGCAAGUUUUCAGGUUUAGAGAAUGUAAUAUUGUUUUCCACGGCGACCUUCAUUGACCCAAGAUAUAAAUCAAAAUUUUUUAAAAAUACGUCGACUAAAGAGCGUGUCAUAGAGCAUAUUUUGGAUUUGCUGGGAGACAGCCAAACCGACAUAUCUUGCAAUUCAUCUUACCCGAAUGCAAAGCGUGUCAAAUUAAAUCAAUCUGAAGAUCACGAAACUCGCAACAGUCUGUCUCUAAAAGAACAGAUGAGUUUACUGAUGGAUACAAGUGAUAGUGAAGACGACAUGCCUCUUCUUAGUUUUCAAAACCCUGUCCAUCUUUUAAUCCGUAAAACUCUCACUGAAUACUCAUUGGAAAAACGCGUGGCAGGUGACGUCGACCCUCUAACAUGGUGGAAAAUUAACAAGGGAAGGUACGAUCUUCUUUUUCCUGAAGUACGGCAAUAUUUAGUAACACCACCAACAAGUGUCCCGAGCGAGCGCUUAUUUAGUGGCGCUGGACUUCUUUAUACACCACAUCGAAACAGACUUGAAGGAGAAAAGGCGUCGAGACAUUUAUUUCUAAAGUUUAAUAUUCCUCUUUUAAAUUUUGAUUAUUAACUUGUUUAUUUUUAUUUGUUUAAACUGUUGACUUAAA